AUGGCCGAAAAGAGACUGACAAGGGUGUUGAAUGGGUUGGAGUCCAAAGAUCUUCUCUCAGACUAUCAGGAAGUUUUCGACAACUGGUUGGAAGAAGGAAUAAUUGAGAGAGUCCCUAAUCAUGAGCUAGCAAAGGACAUCUAUUACCUUCCUCACCGACCAGUCAUAAAAGAGAACAGCAGCACGAGAAUUCAUCCAGUUUUCGAUGCAUCAGCGAAAACUAAGCUUGGAUCUUCGUUGAAUGAUUGUCUAGAGACAGGGGCAAAUCUAAUUGAACUCAUUCCUCACUUGCUAAUGAGAUUUCGAGAAAGAAGAAUAGGGGUGAUUGCUGAUAUUCGCAAGGCAUUUCUCCAGAUCAGCAUCAGGCCUGAAGAUCGAGACAACUUGAGGUUCUUGUGGAAAGAAUCCCCAGAGCAGAGUGAGUACCAGGUGCUCCGUCAUCGAAGAGUAGUGUUUGGUGUCUCCAGUAGCCCAUUCGUACUAGGGGCCACCCUAGAUCUACAUCUGGACACAGCAAUUUUCACUCAAGAUAGCGAGAAUGAUGAGGAGCUUGUCCGCCAGUUGAAGCAAUCCUUCUACGUAGAUAAUUGCGUAACCAGCGUGGACUUCCUACAGUGUGCUGAGAAAUUCCAAGAAGUGGCUACCAGGACCCUCAAAGCAGGUGGCUUUGACUUAAGAGAUUGGGAACACUCUGGUAUGAGUGGAGUAAAAGCAGAGUCCUCCGUAUUGGGUCUACGAUGGAAUCGGGUCAAUGACACCCUGUCAUUAGUCUGCACCGUCCUCCAAGAAGAGCAACCAGAGUUGGUGAUGAAGAGAAUAAUCCUCUCCAUUGCACAGAAGUUGUUCGAUCCGUUAGGUAUGAUCUGUCCAGUACUAAUUUAUCCCAAAUUAUUGUUGCAGAGGUUUUGGGAUAAGCAAUUAGGUUGGGACACAGAGGUCGAUGUUGAUACGAGAGAUUCCUUCGCUUCUUGGAAGGAACAGCUCAACUGCCUCAGAGAACUGUCUAUUCCACGGUGGAUUUUCGGUGCGGGGAUAGCUGAAGCCUCAAUCUCUCUGCAUGCAUUCGUAGAUGCAAGCAAUACGGCUUAUGCCUCAGUCAUUUAUGCGAGCGUGGAAUUACCUGAUGAGGUUGACGUCCAGUUCCUGAUUGCCAAGUCCAGAGUAGCACCGAAAGAUUCAACAACAAUACCACGGCUUGAAUUGUUGGGAGCAACGGUGGGAGCACGUCUCAUGGACUCGGUGGUCUCUGCUCUCACUGAUAAACAACCAGAGUUAUACUAUUGGACUGAUUCCUUAACGGUUCUUGCAUGGAUCCAGCGUGACAAACCAUGGGCCACAUUCGUAUGGAACAGAGUCCAAGAAAUUCGUCGUUUAUCAGAGCCAAACGCUUGGAGACACAUUCCUGGCACCCUCAACCCUGCAGAUCUGCCUUCUAGAGAAUGUACAGCAAAGCAGUUGGUUGAUUCAGACUGGCACAAGGGUCUAGACUGGCUACGUCUCCCUCCUGAAUGUUGGCCCAGCACUAUAGUGAGUGCAGACGAAACUGAAGUGAGCAGGGAAAUAAAAAAGACUGCCAAGAAGACUGAUAAAUAA